CGGACCUCCUCUGCCAGGCCAGGACCCCUGGGGCAGGGACUGGAGGGAGGAGGCCAGCCACACCCUGUGAAGUCGGAGGCCCCAGGGAAUGUCCCAGAAACCGGUAUCCAGGACAAGGGACCCCUGAGGCCUCCCCCAUCAGCCAGCCAUGCGGACCUGGCCCUCUGUGUCCCCCAGACGCAUCCCCCAGCCCUGCGUUCCCAGCAUGCUCGGGAUCCUCCUGCUCCUGGUGGCCUCCCUGAGUGCUCAGAACACAAGCUGGGACAGGCCCUCUUGCACAGAGGGCGUGGUGUCCGUGCCCAGGGGCCAGCCGGCAGUGAUGGCCUGCAACAUCUCCAACACCUUCUCCCGCAUCACCAUCUGGCUGCGCGCCCACGGAAAGACCGUGACCAUCUUCCAGGAGCGGCCCCCGGGACGCUUCUCCAGGGGUGGCUGGAAGCUCCAGGUGCACGGAGGCCAGGCCCGGCUGGUGGUCACAGCCGCCCAGGACGCCCACGCGGGACAGUACGUGUGGCAGCUGCAAGGGCUCCAGAGAACGAACAGAGCCACGUAUCUGAAUGUCUCAGCAGAGUCUCAAGACCAGGAGGAGGCCGCAGGCCUGAGGCCGUCCACACCUCCCUGGGGCACUGCAAGCCAGGUCCCAGGCUCAGAGAGGCUGCAAGCCAGGUCCCAGGCCACGCCCCAGGCCAUGGUAGGGGCGCUGGUUGCUGUCCUUCUCUUGAUCCUGGUGGUGGGCUCCCUUGGCUGGUGUUGGCACCGACGUUCUCUGAAGUUGGUGCAGCUGCAGAGGUUCUGAGCCCUGUGAACCAGAGUCCAGUGGGAUCAGAAUCUACCUGGAGUGUGGAUCCCAACCCCACACUCCCACAGUGAGGCUGACACAGGGUGCCACCCUCCCUGCACCUGCAGCCCUUGCAAGCCCAUAUCACCCGGCAUCCCAAGGCCCAUGGAGCUGUCACCAUCUUCUUGGCUGAGCAAAGGAGGAUCCUGAGAGCUUUUGCUGGGCACAGGAGAGCCUGCUCCUGUGCCUGGAUGUAGGUGGUGGAUCUCUCGGGCUCUGUGCAGCAGCUCACUGGGGAAGCCCCUGGAAGCUGGGCAGCAUCCUGCCUGGGUUUCUGUCCAUCACUCACACCAGGACAGGGAGACCCGCCCCUGUGGUCUCCAGCCCCUCUCUGCUGCCUCAACUCUGUCCAAACAUGGAAAAUCUCAAACUUCACAGCCCUUGAUUGACAGGAUCUGCCCUGCCUCUGCUGCUUAUCAAGGGGGGCCCAGGCUCCUCUUCUACUGCUGAAACCCCUGUGCUCCAGGGGCUCCCCACUCCCUGAGAGACCCCAGAGCAAGCCAGGGGACCUCCAGCCUUGGCUUAAGUGGACCGUGGGCACACGCCUGUCUUGACCAAGAACAGAAACAAGUUUUGUGGACCCUGCUGCCAGGGCUCCAGGGACCAAGAUGGGGGGCUCCGGGUCUGAAAUGACGCAUCACCCCAUGCCCACCACCAGGGGGUGACGCAACCCAGCCGCAGAGGCCCUCAGGGAAAGAAAGUGGGAGCAUCACAGGUGCUGGCUGGAGGGAGCUGCUUCCCCAGGCAGGACAGACAGGCCCCUCAGACCCCAGACCUCUCCUGGGGGAUCCCCCUGGCUCCCCACUCAGGCCCAUCCCAACCACCACACCCCACUUUUCUUCUUGGGCUCACAUGUGCACGUGUUUUCUUUAUUGCAAUUGUAACUGUGUUAGUCAGGUUUCCUUGCUGUGACCAAAAUACCUGACAAGAACCACUUCAAGGAGGAUGAGUUCAUUCUGGCUCACAAUUUCAGGGGUUUAGUCUGUGGUCAGCCAAGUCCAUGGCUCUAGACCCAAGCGAGACAGAACACUGGUGAAGGCGAUCCCCCACUCACUGUCUUGACAGGGUCACAGUGAGAAAAAGUGUUGGCAAAGCCGCUCUCCCACUGUCUUGACAGGGUCACA